UAUGUUGGGCUUUUGCGUGCUGCUUAGAUAGUUCCAUGUAGGCGCACGGUAACCUGUGCUGCUGCUGGGUGAUGCUUGAGAGAGAGAUCCAGUUAGUUUAGAUGACGACAGUAAAUCCGCCUGCCACUUAAGAAAGAAAGGCAAGAUGGACUCUGCAGAAGCAGGAUACGUUCCUUUGCUGGGGUGGCAAAGAUUUUGCACGAGACCUACACAUAUUCUCACCUUUCAAGAGGGGGGCUCAAAACAACAUGCAAAGUAUGGAUGGCACAUGCAUACGACAGCAACAGCCAGCCAGCCAGCCAGCCAGAAAGCAAGACAGUCAGAUAGUCUGCGUGAGCGGGAUGCGAAUGCUGCAGAUGCAAAUACAAAUGCACAUGCGGAUGCGAAAACAUUUUGGGGGGAGGACGGGGAGGGACGGGGAAGUGGGACGCUGUCUGCGGACACCAAUGCAGGCGGUCCUCUGAGUCUUGGCAUUGGCGGAAAAAGAAAGCGACGAAUUGGGGACGAGCCGACCGACCCCAACGACCAGAACAAGAACGAGAACCAGAACCAGCGGAACCUUUGGGAUUGGGGAUGGAUGCGAAAGAAACCUCCUCCCUACCGUCCUACCGAGUACCGUCCUACCGUUCUACCGUCCUCCUACUCGUAUUGCCAAACCCUACCCAACCUUACCGCUACCAGCCUACCAGCCUACCGGCCUACUACUACGCCUAAUUGCCCUAUCCUACUCGUAUCUACGCCAGCAAAAGCGCUGCGGGCACGAUCGGCGACAACUCCAUUAUCAUCACCAUCACCUUCGCCAUCACCAUCAUCAACGUCAGCAUAUAUCAAAGGUAAAUAAACUAACAACAUCCCCUUCUGCCUGCCAACAUAUUCCCCUUUCCCGUUUUCUUUUUAUCUGCAAUCAUCCUGUCCUGUUCUUGACUGCCGGCUCACUCGCACUUCUUGAGCUGUGCCGUCUCG